AACAUUCCAGUUCAAACAAAUUAAAAAGGGUUUUUAUUUUUUCUUUCAAGUUUGUCUCUAACUAAAACCUAACCAAAUGGCCGAGGAGUUCUCAGAGUCCGAGGUUGUCUUCUCCGACCACCACCAUGUUCCGCGCAAAGCCGAAGGCUUCCACGAGGUGCUGGUCGUGCCGCCGCAGAAAAAGAGUUCGCGGGGCCAGGCGGUCGCCAGUUCGCUCCCCGUUAAUAUCCCAGAGAGGAUGCUCCGGCGGUGGGGUUCUGGCGAGGAGGAGGUGGCGGAGGAGGAGGGCAUGGUUCCGCCGCACGAGAUCGUGGGGCGGAGGGUCGCCGGAAAAAUGGCGUUCUCGGUGUUCACGGGGAAUGGAAGGACGUUGAAAGGAAGGGAUUUGAGCAAGGUGAGAAAUUCAGUUCUUAGGUUGACUGGGUUUCUUGAGGCGUGAAGGUUUCUUCGUUUCGCAUUGAAUCGUGUUUGGA